UCAGGCUGGAGGUGUGCAGGAAGAAGGAUGACCAUAUAAGGAGAGGCGCGGCCAUAAAAGGAAACGCGUUCUUUAUAUGGAGAAAGGUGUCCCGGUCGUACAGCCCAGAACUGCGUAUCAUUGCGCACAAGCUUCGGUAAGUUCGCACCUGUCCGCAUCAGACCAUAAAGACUCCCUACCCCGACACUUCCGGUGAGAGGUACGGCGAUUCCGAGCCGCGGGGUGGCUGCAGUGGCUGUGAAGUGCCGGACUACCUGUCACAGCGGACGGAUAUCUGCGGAAGCUGCCCGUCAUUUCCUUAUGUGGAGCGGAGUGAUCCGUGGGGGGCCGGGCCUCGCUGCUCUGUGAAAACAACUUCACAACUUUUUCUAAUUUCUGAUCGAUCCGGAUCGAUUUCCUGCGGAAAGUGUGCCCGGCGGCUCCCCUCACGGCCCGCGGGCUCCCGGAGCUUCCUAACGGACUCACCGAGCGACCUGUCGCUGAAGAGCCGCUGAGCGCUUAGCCUAGCCCCGUUAGCCACGCAGCUAGCGGUGCGGCUAGUCGACCCCGACCCGGCGCGGAGCUCCGAGCCCCGCCGAGGGUCUCUCCGGCGCACCGGGAGGAUCCAUCUUCCGGGCCCGGUGGGAGGGACGCUGAUAAGGAUGCUGGCGGGCAGCGGGGCCGAGAUGGGCUCCAGAACCUUACCUGGACGCGUGAGCAGCACAGACACAGCCGGACCGGAACCGGACACGGCCCGUGAGACUGGCGAGGGGGCGCCGGAGGACCGGGACUACAGCGCCGAGGGGGCGUUCAGCGGCUCCGACCAGGACUCGGACUCCGCGGAGGACGAUGACACGGGGGGCCCGGGUGGGGACCGGAGGGGCGUGAAGCGGGAGAGGAGCGAGCGGGAGGUCGGGCAUCAGGCGGCGCAGAGCUCCGGAGGCCUCAGCGGGGCGUACAGUGGUCUGAGGCCCGGGGCGGCGGGGGUGAAGCCCGGCAAGAAGACCCGAGGCAGGGUGAAGAUCAAGAUGGAGUUCAUAGACAACAAGCUGCGGAGGUACACCACCUUCAGCAAGAGGAAGACCGGCAUCAUGAAGAAGGCGUACGAGCUGUCCACGCUCACAGGUACGCAGGUGUUGCUGCUUGUUGCCAGCGAGACGGGCCACGUGUACACCUUCGCCACGAGGAAGCUGCAGCAGCCGAUGAUCACGUCAGAGACGGGGAAAGCUCUGAUCCAGACCUGCCUGAACUCGCCAGACUCGCCGCCGCGCUCCGACCCCUCCUCCGACCAGAGGAUGAGCGCCACGGGCUUCGAGGAGACCGACCUCAGCUAUCAGGUGUCAGAAGCUGACGGCUGCUCCGAGGCCGCCAAGGAUCUGAUCAAACCGGCCUUCAGCCUGGCCAGCUCCUCCUCCUCCACAUCCUGCUCCUCUUCAUCCUCAGCGUCCCUGCAGGUGCAGACCAGCGCCCCCUCCUGGCAGCCGCCGUCCUCGACCGCCAACGGGACGCUGCUGAAGACAUCAGCUGGGGUGGUGCUUCCUGGAGGCUUUACCUUGAUGUCAGGUGGCUCGCUGCCUCCGGGCGCACACACCAUCCCCCUCAGCCAGCUGCAGGGCCAGUCUUUGGCCAUCCAGGGCCCCGUGGCCCCAGGCCCCACCCCCACGCUGCAUGCUCCACCCACACAGCCAGCUACGUUGCUGCGGCUUCCUGCCACCGUGUCGCUGUCAGGACCUGGAGUCUCUCAGCAGCUGCAGACAAUCCAAGUACAGACCAGCAGCCAGCAGGCAACCGCCAAUCACAGCAGCUCUGACAUGCAGAGCCCCGCCUCCUCCACAGCGAGUCUUCCCGUCUCCAUCGUCUCCUCCCCUUCCUCCUCCUCUUCCUCGGUAGCAGGUCACAUGAUGUACCCAGGCGGUCACACGGUGAUGUAUGCCGCACCAACGCCCUCGCUGGGCGACGGCAGCCUCACGGUCCUCAACACCUUCUCUCCAGCAGGCCACACCCAGUCACAUGACCCAGGUGACCGACUGUUAAUAUUUGCUGACAUGAAAACGUUUCCAGAAAAACCACAAACUCUUCUCUUCUUUCAGCCGCCGUGCCGCAGGUCUUCCUCACCUCUCUUCCUCCAGGCGCCACUCAGAUCCCAGUUUCUGCAGUCCAGCUGCACCCGAUGGUCAUCAGUCAACAGAGCAGCAACAACCUGACCGAGCUGCAGGUCGUCAGUCUGGACGUCCACCAAUCAAAAGACGACUGAGAUGAACGCAGAUGAUUCGUUUGAUGGACUUCCUGUUUACGUGUUUGUGUUGAUCAUGUAAACAAAAACAUGUCGUCAGUUGGUACUUCCUGGAACGCCGAUCUGUUGCCGACGUCCAGGUCAAUGUAGUGAUGAUGUCACUCUGCCAGGCGUCUUUCAUUUGAGAUGAAGAAAGUGCCAAAAGUGUGUGGACGCUCGUUUGUGUGGCGCGCACGGUGACACACGGACAGCAGGAACACCAGGAGCAUCACUUCCUGUAUGGACCUUUUCAAAGUAAAACCUGGAUGUGUAUUCUCUGAACGUUCAUCUUUGAUUUGCAGAAAUGUGGAAAUGAUUUCAGUUGUUAUUAAAAUGUUUCAUGUGAACGCC